CCCCUUCCAUCAAGCUCAGACUUCCGUCACCACUUCCGAUCUUGCCAUCCCACCACUCAAGUCGUUCUGAUACUCAACCUCAACCCCCGUCCACUCAAAGCCAUUCGCCAUGUUCCCUACUCGUGUUCUGCGCAUGCAGGCCUCCCGGCCUUUCGCUUUUCCUACUCCUGUGAGUUGGCUCCCGCCCACACUAUCUCUCAGCGUCUGCGCACUCUGAAGAGAGUUCCCCCGGAGUUGAUCCCUCUCGGUACGUCGCGUGUCGCCGUCGGUGCUGCCAUCUACUCCAGCACCCGCAAGCUCAUGACCGACAAGACCCUCCGUCUGUACCGCAACAGCCCCGAGGACCGCGAGCACUAA